CUUCCCAAACCAUCGCUCCCUUAAAUACCUCACCCCCCCGCUUCUUUUCUCACAUUCGCGCAAGACUUCUCCCUCUCCCAAAAGGACGCAAGCCAAACCCUUGGCUUCUCUCUCGUUCAAUUUCUCUCAGAGACAUCAGAAUCCCCUAUCGAUCAUCACCAGUCAGACCAAGCGGCAGUGAUUUUGUUGGUUAACACAACGGUAGUCAAUAUGAGGAUGAGCUGUAAUGGAUGUCGAGUCCUUCGCAAAGGUUGCAGUGAGAACUGCAGCAUCAGACCUUGUCUCCAAUGGAUCAAGAACCCCGAGUCCCAAGCCAAUGCCACUGUUUUCCUCGCCAAGUUUUAUGGCCGCGCCGGGCUCAUGAACCUCAUUAAUGCCGGCCCCGAACAUCUCCGUCCUGCGAUAUUCAGGUCCCUCCUGUACGAGGCAUGCGGAAGGAUCGUGAACCCAAUAUAUGGAUCAGUCGGGUUGCUCUGGUCCGGAAACUGGCCUCUCUGCCAAGCCGCCGUGGAAGCUGUCCUUAAGGGAAACCCGAUCACCCAAAUCGCUUCUGAAGCGGCUGUCAGCCCUAGCCCCCCUAUGAAAGCGUACGACAUACGACAUGUCUCCAAGGAUGAGAACUGGGCAGCUUCUCAAGACCUUCACAAGGUUAAGAGUCGGAGCCGCUUCAAGCGCUCCGCAUCAAAGCCCAACAAGCCCAAGCUCGUCUCUACUGCUGAUUUGGUAGUAUCCGAACCGCCUGUUGCCGACGCUACCCCCGUCUGUAACCUGAGGUGGCGCAGGUGCUACCCGGAUGGUUUCGAGCGGGCAACGAGUCACGAAUCUUCUGGAAGCCACCAUUCCGAGCACAACGGUGAAGGGGACAGCCGAGAGACCGACAGCAUGUUCUCCGUAGAGACCGUGGAGCACUCCCUUGUGAGUCGACCCCAGCAGCAAGAAGCUGCCCUAAAGACCUCCGAUAGCCAUACUGAUGACAAUGAGGUCGAGUUAGAACUCACACUCGGCUUCGAGCCGGUCUCACGUCACCCAAGCGCGAGUCCUGUCAAAGGUCGCAGUGAUCUCCACGUAUCAGGCAACGAUACGUGUAAGAUGGAGCUGGGACUUGAUUAUGUGGCUUGAUUUGCCGUUGUUGUGUCCAGAGAUAUCCAGUUUUGGCGGUUCAGAUCAUUCAUUUCUCUUUGUAACACAAUAAAGCCUCUCUUUAGUUCUUGUUUUUUUUUCAUGUUAUUUUUCGUAAUUUUUUCUCUCUUUUCUUUUGUUGUUGUAUAAACUUGAAUUUACAUAUAUAUAAGAGAGAAAUAAGAUGAUUAUACUCUUGAUACACA